CCCAUGGAAGGACAUCCAAGGUUUCAAGGACCUCCUAGCCUACUAAAGCUAUCCAAAUCAAAACAGAGAAGCCCAAGCCCCACAUACAUCACAAACCCUUGUUCGACUAGGGAAAGAGGCAUCGCAGCCUUGUCACAAACAAUGAAGAAAUCGGCUCGACCAUGAAAGGUUGCUGAUAUCGCAUCGACACGAUCAUAGGAAGAGGAGGAGGAGGAAUCACUUUUUGCAGACCGCAAUCCUACGAGCCAUGUACUAGUUGUUUUAUGAGGCAAGACGUCGACGCUGUGCCUGCACUCCUGCACCUGUGCUGUUUGAUGAAAUUCUCGAAUGAACUCGUGAACCAUUCUGAAUUCUCCUCGGUAUAGGCAUAGCUAUCUUUUAAUUGUCGAUAACUGAACUUGAUCCUCUUUGAUAAGCUUAAACACUAUGCAACGCAUAUCAUCAAGACUCUCAAGAACCUUAUCGCUCUCAAUUCUCUCCUCUACUUCAGUACAACAGCGAACUUUAGCUACCCGGUCCGUCAGCUCAACUCUCCAAACCCUCCAGCAACAAGAACUCACCAUUCCAGGUCGUUUGCUCAAAUGGGUUUCGCUUGGUUUUGUUAGAACCUCAAGCUUUGCAACUGGGUUUACUCCGUUGCAGCGAAAGCCGCUCGAUUCGAUAAUGGAUAUUGAACGGGCUAAGGACAAGUCCCCUGAGGAUCUCGCUUCCAUUUGGGAUGAUUAUCACUUGGGAAGAGGUCAUAUUGGUGCAUCUAUGACAGCCAAACUUUAUCAUUUGUUGGUGCAAAGAGCAGCGGAUUGUCUGUACUUUGUUAUUCCUCUGUGGAGGGGAAGUGGUUAUACGACAAUGUUUGCUCAAGUACAGAUGCCAUACAUGCUUUUCACUGGACUUGAAGAUUACAAAGAAAGAGGAACUCAGGCGGCACCGUACUUCACCGUCUCUUUUUAUACUGAAUUUGCAGAAACAAAGGAUUUGGUCCUUAUACGUGGAGAUGUUGUUUUCACCAGCAAGCUCACAGAUGAAGAGGCAAAAUGGCUUUUAGAGACUGCUCAAUCCUUUUAUUUGAAUGAUGGGAGGUACAAGCUGGUUGAAAGAUUUAACAAAGAGACACGUGAUUUUGAAUUCAAGGAUGUCUUGCGAGCACUGGAUAUGCCUAUUCUGUGAUUGCUGAACUAACAAAUUCUGCCAAAUAGAAGUAUGCCUACAAGGGAGAACGAGUUGAUGAAUUGAGAAUUUUGAAAUUUUAUCAUGCAGCAGCUGCAAGUUCCACAGCACCAGGGGAAAAGCUGAUGCACUUCUUUUUCUACUGGGAUAGAAUUUGGUUGCUUUUGCAAAUUGUUCCGUUUGAAGAUAAGUUAUCAUCUAAUAACUGCAAAUAUGCAAGUGAGAGAAGAAAAUCAAAUAAUAUCAGUCUCACCGGAAAGCAUUCAUGCAGUGCAGUUCAUGAGUUUGUGAACUUAUCUUGACAAGUUAAGCUAAUUUGUUCUGUUAAUGCUAUCAGCUUUAAACUAUAGUUUGGAUUCUUGGCAGCAUGGAGGGUAGUUCUAGCCAUUGGAUGUUUUGGUUUACCAAACCUGUCUGAAUUGAUAUCUAAGGUUCUUUGAUGCUUUUGAUUUCGA